AUGGAGGGUUCAAGGGUAACGAACAAGCGCGAUCCGUUCAGCAAUAGGGAGGUUUGGAGUAUUGCGGAGCAGCUGGAUGUUGAUCCGGAGGCGGCGGCGCGGCGCUACGCCCGCAUGGGUCAGAGGGAGCGGGAGCUGAUCCAGGAGCUCCGGUCCGUCUUGGUGGCCAUGGAUCGGGCCUGCGGAAUGAGCAGGAGGGCAGUGCCAGGGCGACGCAUCUCGUACCGCCUGGAGAGGGGUAGGAUCGUGCGGGAGACCCCAGAUGGGGAGCAGAAGCUGCAGGAGGUCCCGACCGACGAAGGCGAUGUGGGAGCAUCGUCGUCAUCUUCAGUCGCCGCCGCUGCCGCCGUGACCAGAUCGGAGGACGGGCUGUGCUCAGCGUUUAGUUCUGCCCGCUUCUAG